GGCUAUUAAAUUUUGAUGCAUCCACCAUAUAGUCCAGACUUGGUUCCUAAUGAUUACAUCUUUUUCUUGCAUUUCCUUAGUGAUCAGAAAUUGUCAUCAAAAAAAGAUUGUGAGAAUGGAUUAUUCGAGUUUAGAUUGGGAACAAGACCUCUAUUAGCUAAACAUUAUGAAGCUACCUUUCAAAUGGCAACAAAUUAUAGAACAGAACAGUGCAUAUUUAAUCAAGGAAGGAUGUCUGAUGAUGCAGAAUGGUUAUUUUACCGUGAUCGAGAAGAAUGGAAAGACAUAACACCCCUUGAACAAAAUGAUGGACCAUAUCCCAUAGUAAAGAUUGCAUAUUCUGAUAAAUUUAAAGAUAUUUUUGAUUAUUUCCGUGCUGUGUUGGCUAAGCGAGAGAUAAGUGAAAGGGCUUUUAAACUGUCAGAAGAUGCUACAAAUACAAACCCAUCAAACUAUACUGUUUGGCAUUACCGAAGAGUUUUGUUGCAAGAAUUGAAAAAAGAUUUAACAGAAGAAUUACAUUAUAUCCAGUUAAUUAUAGAAGAUAAUCCAAAAAAUUAUCAAGUUUGGCAUCAUCGACAAGUUUUAGUUGAAUGGUUAGACGAUUCUUCCAAGGAAAAAAAGUUCACUGAACGAAUAUUAAAUGAUGAUCCUAAAAACUAUCAUGCCUGGCAACAUAGGCAAUGGGUUAUAAGAAAAUUCUCUUUAUGGGAUGAUGAAUUAGAAUUUGUUAACUAUUUGCUUGAAAAUGACAUUCGAAAUAAUUCAGCUUGGAAUCAACGCUAUUUUGUGAUUAGCAAUUCAACUGAUAUGUCAGAUGAUAUUUUGAUUGGAGAAAUAAAGUUUACUCUAAACAGCAUUAAAAAAGAUCCAAAUAAUGAAAGCCCAUGGAAUUAUUUGCGUGGAAUUCUCCAAUCAAAAGGUUUGACAAAAUUUCCCGAAGUGACUGAAUUCACUGAAACUUUAUAUUCUUCUGGUUGCCGCUCACCCCACUUACUGGGAUUUAUGAUUGACAGCAUUGAAGAAACUUUACUAAAUAGUUCCAAUCAUGAUCUUUGCCAGCGAGCAGUUGAGCUAUGCAUAUCUUUGAUGAAAAAACAUGAUCCUAUCAGAAAGCAAUAUUGGAAAUUUAUUGGCAAAAGUUUAGUUAAUUUAUAUGGAUUAGAAGAAAAAACAGAGCUGGACUCUGCAGGUGAUGAUUCAAAUGCUGAAUGUAGUGAUACAGAUUGAUUGAUGGAUAUUUUAUUUUAAUGCUGUAAUGCAGCAUGAAGAACAACUUGUUCGACAAGAUGAAAAAAACAUUAACUAUGUCAUAAAAAAAUAAACAGAAAUGUUUGUUUAUGAAA